GUAUCUAGAUGCGAAUAUAACUUCCAAGUUGCGGUCCUGACGGUUCGCAAGAUGAGUGGACAAGAUCAUCAAACCCCAGAUUUAGAGUCGAAUGAUCUAUUAUCUACCCUGAAGGUGGGAGCUCUGAGCGGCUCUGCAGGCCUCAUCUAUGGAGGGAUUGCAGGUGUUGUUCGAGCACGUCAUCCUGUGAUACACUCUAUCUCUUGUGGUAUCCACUGGUUUGCCUGUGGAACCUCCUUUUGGUGGCUGAGAAGCAACAUCUUGAAACUUCAUUAUGAAGAUAAUGCUUCUCCGAAACAGCGCGCUUAUGUCAGCGCCUUGUCUGGAGGAAUUGCUGGCGGAGCUGUGACUAGAUUAAUGGGAGGCCGCCUCAUUCCAGGGGUUGUCGUUUUUUCGCUACUAGGCUAUCUCGGGCAAGGCUCUUAUAAUGCGAUCGACAAAUGGCAAAUAGAGCAUGCGAAUACGCCGUCUAAGCCGAUCAUCCAGCGGAUCGCCGACUCGAAAUGGAUCCCACUCAAGACUCUCUCUGAUGAUGACUAUAGAGGGAUCUUGAGCGAAAAAGUGCUAAGUAUUGAGGCCGAAAUGGCGCUCCUCGACGAAAAGAUUGAAGAACUUGAAAAAUCCAAGCUCCGCGGAGUAGACGCAGGGAGCCCGAAAACUGGGACUGAGUAAUGCAAAGAAGCGAGAGAUCUUGAAAUUGAAAGAAGACGGUCCCCCAUUUUGGAAUGGCUAUUCGACUUGCCUGUUCAAUUGACCGAAGCUAGGCGAACGCCAGGUAUCCACGUUGCCUAGAGAUGCCCGCCAUGAAAGUGGCACAAGAGGCGAGGGUUUGUUUAUGAUUUAUUUCCAGAGUAAUUAUAUGCCUCCAGCCUGAAGAAUCUUGUGGAGGAAAGAAAUGUUAUGCGCUCCAUAAUUUGUCUUGCAGGAGAUGAUUUGAGGAGAUAAUCAUGGAAGUGCUAGGGCGAGCCUUCUUUGGACAUGCAUACAAUACAGUACUCCGUAAAUCAAUUUGUAUAUUAGUUUACCGGAAAUGAUGGUCUGUACUAUUAGC